CACAGUGUGCUGUUGUGCUAGUUAAUGAGCUAACGUUUGGUACGACUUGCGCUGGUCAGGGCAUUUGUCUUUGUAUAUUAAACAGAGAAAGAACUAUUUUACCAUUCAUCAAAAUAACAAACAAGCGGAACGACUGUAACAACAAAAUACAUAUUUAACAGAGAUAAUUAAGUUAAACUGUUGCGUAGUGUUAGCUUAAUAAGUGAGACAAUGCAAGGAAGCCUUGAGAAGGCUUACAAGUCCGAUUCGGUAAUCACAACUCUCGCAAUCAGAAAACCCACAGAUGAAGUAAAGAAGCGCAAACGGAAGGUUCUUGAUGAAGAGCAAUACAUUGGGGGUUUAGAGAAGAUCAUUCAGAGAGACUUUUUCCCAGAUGUCACUAAGCUGCAGGCUCAGAAAGACUACCUCCAUGCUGAAGAAAAUGGGGACUUGGGGAAGAUGCGAGAAAUCGCCAUUAAAUUCGGAUCAGCAUCGAACAGGUCUACUCCCCGGGUCAAUAUGCCAUAUGUGACGCCGACUUCAUUCGAAACUCCCGAGGGUGUGCCUGCCUCCCCAAUGUCCAGGUCUGGAAUGAAAGGAGCAGAAUAUGGAGGGAAGGAAGGCGAGAAGGAGGAGGAGAAGGAGCUGCCGUGCCUGGAUAAGUUCCUGGCAAAGAACACCAGCGAGGACAACGCCUCCUUCGAGCAGAUCAUGGAGAUAGCAGAGGACAAGGAGAAGCUCAGGCAUUCCUGGCUGUAUGAGGCCGAGGAAGAGUUCCGACAGCGCCACGAGGAGAACUUAGCGCUGCCUUCCUCCGAGAAGCAGGCCCUUGAGUGCACCAAGGCUGGAGUGGAGACGUGGGAGUACAAAGCCAAGAACGCCCUCAUGUACUACCCUGAAGGAGUGAAAGAUGACGACGCCAUCUUUAAGAGGCCUCGCGAGGUCAUCCACAAGAACACACGCUUUCUGGGGGACCCUUUCAGCAAAGCCCUGAACAAGACUCAGAUCAAGGAAGCCGCCGCUCUGAACGCACAGUAUAAACAGGGCAAGGUGGGCCCAGACGGGAAGGACCUGCUCCCACACGAGUCCCCGAAAGUGAACGGCUACGGCUACGUUGGAGCGCCGUCUCCUGCGCCCGGUGUGGCCGACUCGCCCCUAAUGACCUGGGGAGAGAUCGAGAGCACCCCGUUCCGCUUGGAAGGCGUGGAAUCUCCAUACGUAGAGAGAAAUAAUCACGGGCCCUCUUUUAAGAUUCCUGAACCUGGAAGGAGAGAGCGUCUCGGUUUGAAAAUGGCCAACGAGGCUGCGGCCAAGAACCGAGCCAAGAAGCAGGAAGCACUGCGCAAAGUCACCGAAAACCUGGCCAGCCUCACGCCCAAAGGCCUGACGCCAGCUGCCCUGUCACCUGCUCUCCAGAGGAUGGUCAACCGCUCGUCCAGCAAGUACACGGACAAAGCGCUGCGCGCCAGCUACACGCCCUCCCCCUCGCACCGCGUGCCCACGCCGCUCGGGCCGCUCACGCCGCACGGCACCCCCACGCCCAGCAAGGCUGGCACCCCGGCAUCGCACGACCCCGCGUCCAUCACCGACGACCUCCUGCAGCUCCCCAUGAGGAGGAAGGCAGCUGACUUCUUCUAAUGAGCUGCGUGCGUGCGUGCGUGCGUGCGUGCGUGCGUGCGUGCGUGCGUGCGUGCGUGCGUGCGUGCGUGCGUGCGUGCGUGCGUGCGUGCGUGCGUGCGCGUGUGCGUGCGUGCGUGCGUGUGUGUGUGUGUGUGUUUCUGGCCUGGGAGUACUACAGCCAGAACUGGACUCCAAAAGCGGUCAGUCUAAAAUGUACCCUAACAGGGAAAUUAUGCCCAUAUUUGACCUUGACUAAAAGGCAAUUCCAAAGUUCUGAACAGAACUGUUUGAAUGAGGAGGCUCAAUUGCUUGAGUGAACAGCCUCAAACAAUAUCGUCCUUUUGAACUUUGUAAGGAUACUUGUCUGGCUUACUGGAUAAUGUUAGAGGAUAUUCACAGAUUGUUAUUGACAUUAUUCACAAAUGUCACACUUAAAGAAGACAAUUUUGUAUAGUAAGUACAGAAGUAUUUAAAUAUUGUUAUAUUUUGUAGCUUUGCAUUUAAAUUCUUUUAACGACUUUGUGUUACAAUUCAUGAUGUCAGUGUUGACAAGAACCUGUUUUCUACUUCGAAUUACAAUGGUUGUCUUACAGCCUCACAGUGUUGUAAAUGAUGCCCUUACAACAGAAUGACCAGUUAUUCAUUAAAUGGUUGAAUGUCA